GCGGGCGGGACGCGCGGGCGCGGGGCGGCGCGGAGCCCCGGCGGGGGGAUGGGGGCGCGGCGCGGAGCUGUUUACUCGGGCGGAGCGAGGGGUGCGUGCGGCCGCCUGGGCUCCGGGGCCGGCGGCUGCGGCUCUCCUCCCCGCGCCGUCCCCGCCCUGGGCCGUCGGAACUGCGCGCUCCGCUCGGUGCUCCGCGGCGCGCCCGAGGGCAGGGGCAGGGGCGGGCGGGCGGCGGGGCGGGGGGUGCCGCGGUGCGGGGCUGCGCGGGGCUGCGCGGGGCUGCGCGGCCGAGCGCGGGGUGCGUCGUCCGCGGGCCCGGGCUGCGCCGGGGGAGGGGAGGCUCGAGGUGCGCCUCCGGCCCCUGCGGCGCUGCGCAGCGCGGGCUCCGCCGAGCGAGGCCGGCCGCGGGGAGGCUCGUCCGCGCCGCCGGAAGGAGGGCGCGGGACGGAGGGAGAAGGGCUCGCCGCCCGGGACCCUUCCCCGAGCCGAGCGGAGACCGGGCCCGACCGCGGCUCCGGUGGGGUCGAGCCGGCUUCAUCCGUUUGACGUGACAGCGGGACUUCCUCUUUAGCAGCCGAGGCUGCGUGUGCGCGGGGCGCGGCGGGGACCCUCGGAGAAGGCGCUUGUGGUUGUGGCCGGCGUCUCCCGGGAGAAGGCGAAGUCCGGGCUCGGCUCCCCGCGGCGGACCACCCUCCCUGUCCCGUGGGGGUCGCGCGGUUGCUCUCCCGGCGCCGACGCCGCGCAGGGCCGCUUCGGAGUCCCGGUGCGGGGAAGCGCGGUGAUCUGCGGACUCGCGGGCAGCCCUGGCCGCGGCUCUGGGGAUGGAAACACCCACCUUCGCAGACUUCGCUGCUCUUAGGACGUCGACCCUCCCAGGCGCCCAACCAAGUUGCGCGGCCAAACUCUGCAGCUCCCUUCCCGAAAAAAGGGGAACGGCUUGCUUCUUCUCCUCCUGCCAUUUAUUCAGGGGGCAGCGAAGUGAACCCUGUUCGGGGGUCCUGGUAGGUGCAGACGCAAGUCUGGACGUUGACACCCCAUCAAACGUGCCAUUCCUUGGUAUGAAGCAUCGCCUCCCACUCGAAUGCUUGUCAUUUGCUGCCUUGCCGCCACCAGAGAGAGACACAGUGAGAGA